CAGGACGUCAUCAAAGGUCCUUCACCCAACCAGGAUCUGGCAUUUACUGUUGGAAUAAUUCCGGAAAUGGAGGACACUGGACAAGAUGGCGCCUCGUCACCAGCCACCCCUGGAGCGGGGAAGUCCAAGCUGGACUCCCUGUCUAAAGAAGAUCUCAUCAAAUUUGCCAAGAAGCAGAUGAUUCUUAUUCAGAAAGUAAAAUCCAGAUGUACAGAUUUAGAAAAAGAAGUGGAAGAAUUGAAAACCAAGACAGUUCCCGGAGGGGCAGAUGAUGUUGUACAGGCUCUUACUGAUAGACUGGAUGCUGUUCUUCUGGAAAAAGCAGAGACCCAUCAACAGUUGGUUUCUUUGAAGAAAGAAUUAACUAAAACGAAAGAAGAAAAUGAGGCUGCUACCAAGAAAGCUAGUGAAGUUCAGCAACACCUGGAGCAGUCAAACAAUAAUCUAUUAGAAGAAAUAGCCAUAUUAAAGAGAGACCUUUCACAGUCCCAAAACAAUCACAAAGAAGAUGUGGACACUGUAAAGAAAGAACUACAAGAUUCACUUAUGAAACAGAAAGAGUUUACUGAAAAACUGCUUCAACAAGAAGACCAAGAUGCUCAUAUAAGAAAACUGGAGCAAGAGCUUCAACAUAUGAGUCAAGACUAUGAGGAAAGGAUUUCUAAUUUGCAAAAACACUUGGAUUCUGUUACAGAAGAGAAGAAUCAUGAAAUGAUCAAACUCAAAGAUACUCAAGCAGCUUCAGAACGGUACUUUUGUGAAAUCCAAGAUCUUCAUGCAAAGAUCCUGGAGUUACAAGUUCUUCACAAAGAAGAAGUAUCAAACCUAAUGCACGAUCUUGAAACUUCCACCAAUGAGUAUGAGAAAGAGAAAAGUACAUUUCAAGAUAUAACUAAUCAAUAUCUCGACAAAGAGAAAAAAUGGCAAGAGGAGAGUGAUAUAUCUGGUAAGCAAAAUGUCACAUCUCAAAGUGAAGAUGAAGUCCAGCAGUUAAAAUGUAUUAUCAAAGAAUUGGAGUCGCAAGUAAGUCUCUUAAGAGAUGAACUUACCUACACAACCAAUUUAAAGAUUGGCAUGGAAAGGAAAGUAGAGCACUUAAAAAGUGAGUAUUUCCAUGAACGAGAGGAAUUAGAAUUUAAGAUAAAUGAACUUCAGCUUGCUAUAGAGGAAUAUCAUAGUCUAAUAGAGAAAUUGAAGACAGAGCUUGAGUCUACAAAAAUCCAAUAUAAACAACUGGCCCAGCAAAAGGCCACAGAUAGUCAAAGCAUUAGAGAUCAGCACAAGAAAGAAAUGCAUGAGCUCACACAAGCAAUAACAUCCCGGUUUGAAGAUGAAAAAUUGUCUUUUGUCCAUGAAAUACAGAUUUUAAAACAGCAGUGUGAAAAACUUUAUCAAGAAAAAGAUGAAGCUGUGAGCAGCUAUGAGAACUUAAGGGAGACAUUUGUCAGCCUCCAGGCAGAACUCCAGGAUUCUGCUGGUAAGAUCAGCCGAGAGUUUAAAACUAUGCAGCAUCAGCAAGCCACAGAUGUCCAUGAACUUCAACAGAAGUUGAGAGCUGCUUAUAAGGACAAAAAUGACCUUCUUGAAACUGUGAAUCAGCUAAGGAGUCAAGUUGAUAUGUUGUCAUCAAAGGAAAGUGAAUACGAAGAACUCCAACUUAAGAUCACCAAGUUGCAACAGAAUAAUGAAGAAUAUAUAGCAUCUCUGCAUCAGAAAGAGGAGUUUAUAAAAGAGCUCCAGCAUAAGGUCAAUGAAGAUUCCAAGCAAAAUGCUGAGGUUUCUGGUCUCCAAGAAGAGAUCCAGAAACUGCAACAAAUGUACAAGAGUGAGCAAGUCACUGUGGAGUCACUGCAGCAAAAGGUCGAGAGCCAGGCAAUCCUUAAUGCACAACUGAAGAAAACCAAUGAGGAACUGACAAAGGAUCUCCAGGAAUCUGUGUCAUCCCAUCAAAGUGACUGUGAAGAUCCUCACCUCCAGAUUACGUGGUGGCAACAAAAAAAUGAAGAGGUCACAGCUACUUUACAGGAAAAGGAAGAAUUGUUAAAAGAUCUACAACUGAAAAUGGAGACGGCAACAAAGCAAAACUCUGAGCUAUCUUCUAAAAUGCAGCAUGCAAGUAAAGAACUUCUUGAACUUCAGGAAACAUUCAAGAGUGAGCAGGCAAAGGCUUUGGAGUUUCAACAGGAAGCAGAAAGUCAUCUCGAACUCAUUGCAAAGUUUGAGCAAACGGUUCAGGAGUUGACACAGAAACUGAGCAUUACUGGGCAGAGUUUAGAGGAGAUUAAAAAUCUCCAGCAGCAAGUAGAUACCUUGCUUCUCGACAAACAAAAGCUAGAGACUGACUCCAGAAGGUGGCAAGAUGAAGUGUUCCAAAUCCGCGAAGAGAAGGAUGUUCUUUCUAAAGACUUUGAUAGAAUUAUUUCUGACCACAGUCAUUGUAACGCUUCUGCAGAGGAGCUCAGUGACUUGAGAAAGAAAGUAGAACUGAUAACAGAGGAGAAGGAUGAAGUAACUAGACUUCUUAUGAGUAAAGAGCAGCAUAUAGAAACCUUUCGACAACAGCUUUGUGUUCUUCAGGACAUACUGACCAUUGAGUGUCCAGAUCAAGAUAUUAUUUCACUUCUUGAAGAGAUUAACAAAGCUGUUCUCCAACUAAAGGAAGAAAAGGAAGAUAUACUGUCGCAGAAAGCGGAGACCUCUGUUCAGCUCGAGAGGCUCCAUGAGGAGUAUGAAAUGCAGUGCUCAGAACUAAGAGACUUGCUAAGUGACUACUCUAAAGAAAAGGUACUAUUGAAAGAGGAACUGGAGGAAACGCUUAGAGAUAAAGAAGCGCUCCAAAAAGAUCUGCUGGAGAUGAAACAUGCGCUUGAAAAAUCUAAAUUGGAUAAUCAAGACUUGUUAUCUCGUAUAGAAAGUUUAACCUUUGAUCUGAAUUCUGUACAGAAGGAGACCUCUACUAAUGUACAAUCUAGUGAACAAGAGGAUUUAAAGGUAGAAAAUAGAGACAGUACCCUUACACAAGAAGUGACUAACAGUGAGGAUUUGCUUUCAAAAUCUUUGGAUCUUCAACAGAAAUCUCUUAUAGAAGAUCUUCAAAAUAAAAUAGAAAAGCUAGAGCGAGAAUCUAAGGAAAAAGAAGAGAAGUGCAAUAAGAUUAAAGCAGUGGCUAUUAAAGGAAAGAAGGAGCUGGAUGCCAAAAGAAAGGAGGUCCUCUCCAUAAAAGAAGAGUUAGAGCGCGUAAGAGCAGAAAAGCAGCAGCUGAUGUCUUCCAUGAAGGAUGUUGUUCAAGGUGCAGAAAGUUAUCAGAAUCUGUUAGUAGAGUAUGACAGACAAGUGGAGCUGCUGGAACUGGAGAAGGAGAAGGUCCGAUCCACAGAGCACCAGCUAGAAGAGCUUUCACGUCAGCGGAGAACUGCCACUUUAGAGCAAGAAAAAAUGAACUCUGUCCAUGAAGACCUAGUGACCCGUUUGGAAACCUUGCAGUCCAACAACAAGUUACUUGAAGCUCAAAUUCUGGAAAGUCAGAAAACGAAAGCUGCAUUAGAGAGAGAUUUGGAAGCUGAGAGAUUGAUAAAAGAACAGAAAGUGAAGGAUCAUAACUGUGCCCUAAAACAGGUUGAAGAGCUUCAAGUGCAGCUCGAGAAAGAGAAAAAACAGCUCCAGAAAGUCACACAGGACUUUGAACUUGUCAGAAAAGAUGCACAGAAGAACACACUGAUGGACAUGGAAAUGGCUGAUUACGAACGCUUGGUCAAAGAGCUCAACCAAAAUAUUACCAGCAAGAGCAGCCAGCUGGAGGAGCUGGAGCAGGAGGUCCGUGCGCAGAAGCAGAAGCAGGAAAUUCUACAAGAAGAAAUAUCAUCCCUACAGACCACCUUGGAGCAGCAUGAGGAGCGUAGUACAAAGAUGAAGCAAUUGCUGGUUAAGACUAAAAAGGAGCUGGCUGAUAGUAAGCAGAUGGAAUCUGAUCAUUUGAUACUCCAAGCCUCACUAAAAGGUGAACUGGAGGCGAGCCACCAACUUGUGGAAGCUUAUAAGAUUCAAGUAGCAGAACUGACAUCUGAGAAGCACAAGGUACAAGAACAACUCAGGGCAUUGACAGAGCAACAUCAUCGGGCAGCUAAUACAUACCAACAAAAACUACUAGCACUUCAAGAGGAGUGCACGGCUGCAAAGGCUGGACAAGCUGCAGUUACUGCUGAAUUUGAAAGCUACAAAGUCCGUGUUCAUAAUGUGUUAAAACAGCAGAAGAAUAAAUCUGCAUCCCCGGCUGAACAAGAGAUCUUCAGAAAAGAACGGGAACACCUACAGACAAUGUUGGAUCAAGUGAAAGCCAAGCUUCAGGAAACCCAGCACACUCUACAGAUGAACACGGCGGAGCUCCAGGCUCUGCAGUCAGAACAUGACAUGCUGCUGGAGAGACAUAAUAAGAUGCUGCAGGAGACUGUGACAAAGGAAGCCGAGCUGAGGGAAAAGCUAUGCACACUACAGUCAGAGCAUAUGGUCCUAAAGACUGAGCAUGCUCAGGUGAUCAGUCAGUUGAGUGCCCAAAAUGAGGCACAGCGGAACAGUUUCAUGGACCAAGUGAGACGUUUGCAGGAUGAUCAUAGGAAGACUAUGGAGACCUUACAGCAGCAGCUGUCUAAAGUGGAGACACAGCUCUUCCAAGUUAAGAGCGAGGCUACUGUUACAAGUCCCUCAGGUUCCCAGCCGCCUCUGAAAAGCUCACGGGAAAGAAGACCAGCUGAUCUUCAUAUCCUGGAUUUAUACUCCAUUGCCAGGGAGGAAGGAGAAGGAAUGGAAACCACGGAUAAUGAGUCUGUGUCCUCUGCCAGCACGUAUGCAGCUACAUUAGAACAGCUCCUCAACUCUUCCGACUUAAAAACGGCUGCAGAUAUUCCUCAGUGGCAUCCAGAAAUGUCCAAAGAAGAAUUAACCGAGAAGCUCAACACAACGUCAAAGAGUGUUGACCAUCUGAGUGGUCUUCUGCAUGAGACAGAGGCAACCAACGCUGUGCUCAUGGAGCAAAUAACACUCCUCAAGAAUGAAAUCCGCCGCCUAGAAAGGAAUCAAGAAAGAGAAAAAUCUGUUGCAAAUUUGGAAUAUCUCAAAAAUGUCCUGCUCCAGUUCAUUUUUCUGAAGGCAGGCAGCGAAAGGCAGAGUCUUCUUCCAGUCAUAGACACUAUGUUGCAGCUGAGUCCAGAAGAGAAAGGAAAACUGUUUGCCAUUGCUCAGGGGGAAGAAGAGUCUGCAGCGCGGCCAGCUGGAUGGGCCUCUUAUCUCCACAGCUGGUCAGGGCUUCGGUAGUUCGAAGGUCAUUGAUGGAUCUUCAACAAACUUUGCAGAUUUGCACUUUAUUCCUCCUUAUUUCCUAGUGUUUGUGUAAUUGUCUCGAUUGUGAAACUGGAACCUAAAUGUCUCUCAAACUGAAAAAAAUAUAAAAAUCAGAGUGCCUAUUUAACUGUUAUGUGGACGAUCUGCACAGCACACUUUCUUACAAUUGUUUACUGUAUUAUUCUUCUUAAUUUAUAUGGUGUUUUAAUGAUUUCUCCAGGUUUAUUUUUUUUAUUCCAUUGCCAUUCAAGAAAACAGUAUGUGCAAAAUCAUUUUCAGCACACUUUUUUUUUUUUUUUUUUAGUAAAGCAGGAAGAAGGAAUUUGAUUAUAUAUAUCUCCUAUGGCAUUAUGUAUGGCAUUUGAUAUAAACCAAAGAAUGUAUAUGAAUUAUAAUUGAUAGGAUGAGUAUAGGUUAGGGGUUAAAAUUAAAUGUGUUAUACACAGCAUCGUGUCAAAGGACAGUGUAGAUUGCUGGAGAGGCAAUUUGAUUCAGAAAAUGAUGACUAAUGCUGGAUUUACACGGCCUGAUUUUCAGGCCCGUUAUCAGGAAGAAAAUUAGUACGAACGCUCGUUCCCGAUAAUCUGCCUAUGCAAAUGUGCCGCAGAUCACCCGAUGAGUAAUCAAAAUGCUCGUUCAUGGGAUGAAAUAAUCAUUCAUUCGGACCCCUCAAUCUUUGUUUUUUGGGCAGCAGAUUGUGCGGUGUGAACAGCGAUCUGCUGCCCAUAAGCAAUGAAUCUGUAUGAGGACGAAGUCGAACAAUGGUGGAAGCCAUUAUUCAUUCCCAUACAGUGGAAGUGAUAGCUGCGCUUAAAUGCAGCACUUCACCUCCACUAAAGAGCAGGCAGUUAUCGGGAAGGAACGGUCCGUCUAAAUCCAGCUUUACUUUUAGGAAUUUGCUGUUAAUUAUUUAUGUUCUCCAAGUGUUUUCUGUGAUUCACUCCAGCUGUUGUGUUUUAAGCUUUAAUAAUGCUGAAUGUACGUCUAGUGUUGGUACAAAGGAGACUAUUGCCAGACUAUGUUGACAUAUAUGUUACAGGCCACGACGUUUUUUCUGUUUACUUACCUAGUUAUUUAAAGAGAACCAGUCAAGGGAUUUAUGCUGCCAUAUCGUAGAGCAGAAUAUGAGGGAGAGAAGAUGAGCUCUGUGAUAUAUAGGUUUAUAUUUGGAAAAUGAUUUCUGAGUAAAAAGCAGAGUAAUCUUGACAUGACUCCUAGGUAAAACAGUACAGGUAAAACAGUACAGUUCCUCCACCCAUACGGAAUGAUUGACAGCCUUCUAUGUACACACUGAUGCAGGCAGAGCUGUCAAUAAUUCUGUAUGGGUGGGGUAACCAGGACUCUUGCUGUCUCAUAAGAGUCAUGUCAGGAUUUACUCUGUUUUUUUUUUACUGUUUUAUAUGACCCAGAUCAUAUAAACCUAUAGAUCACAGAGCUCAGCUUCUCCCCCUCUGAUAUAUAGGUUUAUAUCUCAGAGCUCAGCUUCUCCCCUCUAUUAUAUAAACCUAUAUAUCACAGAGCCCAUCUUCUCUCCCUCUAUCAUAUAAACCUAUAUAUCACAGAGCUCUGCUUCUCCCCUCUAUAUUAUAUAAACCUUUAUAUCACAGAGCUUUGCUUCUCCCCUCUAUUAUAGAAACCUAUAUAUCUGAGCUCAGCUUCUCCCCUCUAUUAUAUAAACCUAUAUAUCACAGAGCUCAUCUUCUCCCCUCUAUUAUAGAAAC